UCCACCACCUUGGACGUGUGUCAGGUGAUCAGUGAGCCUCUGGGGGUGGUGUUCAUCAUGGGGACCUGGUGCAGUCCUAUUCAAAUGUGUCUGGUGCCACUGGUUGGGGCCAUUGCAGCAGGAAACUGUGCACUGAUCAGUCCCUCAGAGUACACCGUGCACACAGCAGAGCUCCUCUAUCGACUCAUUCCUUUCUACUUGGACAAUGAAUGCUUCCAUGCAAUUCAAGCAGGCGUCAGUGACCUGCCUGAGAUGGUGGAGCUCAAAUUUGAUCAUGUUUUCUUUACAGGAAACAGAGAGGAGGGAAGCAGGAUUGCCAUGACUGCAGCCAGAACCCUGACCCCCGUGACCCUGAUUCUGGGAGGCAAGAAUCCYUGUUACGUGGACCAGCACUGUGACAUCACGACCACCGUGCAGCGCAUCACCUGGGCACGUUUCUACAAUGCAGGUCAGAGCUUAACGGCUCCCAGCUACAUUUUAUGCCACGCGGACGUGAAGGCCCGGCUGGUGCAGGCCCUGAAGUGCUGCCUGAUGCAGUUUUACGGCCCGGAUCCCCGAGAGUCCCGCAGCUUUGGCCGCAUGGUCAACCUAGAGAUCUUCCACCGUACGAGAGACAUGCUGUGGAGAUCUGGAAAGGUGGUGUCUGGUGGGAAGGUGACUGAGGCAGAGAAGUAUAUUGCUCCAACAGUUUUGACGGACGUUGCAGAAUCAGAUCCCAUCAUGCAGCAGGAUGUUUUUGGCCCAGUUCUUCCAAUCCUGACAGUAAAUGAUGUGGACGAAGCAAUUGCCUUCAUUAAUAAGCAAGACAAACCCCUCUGUGUGUACGCAUAUUCCACCAACAAUAAGGUCAUUUCGAGGCUAAUGAGCGAGACUUCAAGUGGCAGUUUUUGUUCCAACGACUGCACCCUGCAGAGCCUGAUGGUGGCUUUGCCUUUCAGUGGAGUGGGUACUUGUGGAAUGGGGUCCCUCCACGGCCGCUACAGCUUCGACACCUUCUCUCACAGGAAGGCAUGCUUGCUUCGAGGCACGCGGUUCGAGUGCGUCACCUAUCUACGUUAUCCGCCUUACGAAGACCACACUCUGUCUCUAAUGACCUGGGCCUGUACCCUGUCCCAGAAGAGCCAGGGCUGGUGCCAGAUCAUGUGAUGGUGUGGGAGAAGGAUGAUGGGGCCGAAACCCAACCUCCUCAAAAUGUUGUGAACAUGCGACAGACUGCUGGUGAAUUAAUACACAAGGGCCGACUUUACUACUGGGAUGGUGAAACAUCCAACAUUUUUUUUAAAUAUCAGUGUGAAUAAUUUGGUCAUUAUUGUCUUUAUAAAUAAAAAUCACAUUGUCUAAUAAAA